ACAGUGCGCACGCGCGCAUAGACAAACUAUUCUGCCUCCUCAACUUCGCAGAAAGUUUUACAGAAAAGAAAAAGGGGAGAUAAAGCGGCGGCGCUGAAAUGGCAUUCCGCAGGAGGAGCAAAAGCUACCCUUUCUUCAGUCAAGAGUUUUUCAUUCAGAAUCAUGCGGACUUGGUCUUUUGCUUGGUGGUUUUAAUUCUAAUUGGAUUGAUGUUUGAGGCAACCGCAAAAACAGCUUUCCUCUUUAUUCUUCCUCAGUACAACACCACCACUUUUCUUCCAGAGGGAGAAGAGUCUCUGUAUCACUACGGCUGGAGGGACUGUAUCACCAUCUUCUUCUAUUUUCUCAUCGCCAUCAUUCUCCACGCUGUGGUACAGGAGUACGUGUUAGAUAAAGUCAACCGACGACUCCACCUUUCCAAAAGCAAGAACACGAAGUUUAAUGAGUCGGGACAACUCUGCGUGUUCCAUCUGGUCUCGUCCGUGUGGAGCCUCUAUGUUCUCAUCACGGAAGGAUACAUUCAAAAUUUUAGCAGCCUAUGGGAGAACUAUCCUCAUGUUCCCCUCAGGUUCCAGGUGAAGUUUUUCUACCUCUUCCAGCUGGCAUACUGGCUCCAUACCCUGCCUGAGCUUUAUUUCCAGAAAGUGAGAAAGGAGGAGAUGCCUCGUCAGCUGGCGUACAUCUUGCUGUACCUCCUGCACAUCACACUGGCCUACCUCCUUAAUCUGACACGAGUAGGCUUGGUGCUACUCUUCCUGCAGUAUCUAUCCGAGUUAGGCUUCCAUGUCUCCCGGCUGUUCUACUUCAUCGACGAGAACCAUCACAAGCUAUUUGAUGUGUGGGCCGUGAGCUUUGUGUUCACCCGCAUGGUGACCCUGACCUUGACGGUUCUGGCGGUGGGUUUCGGGUUGGCGCGGGCGGAAAACCAGGGCUUGGACUUGGAAGCAGGGAAUUUCAACACCAUUCUAAUCAGGCUAACAGUACUCCUGACCGUGUGCUUCACCCAAGCCUGGCUCCUAUGGAAGUUCAUCCGCUUCCAGCUCCGGCGGUGGCGGGAAUAUCGGCGGGAGCAGCCAGCGCGCAAACGGCUGGCGCCUAAGCUUCCCCUGCGGACACUCAAGCGGGACGUAGGACAUCACGAAAAUGGCAUUAUCAAGGCGGAGAACGGAGCCUCUCCACGAACCAAAAAGAUCAAAGCUCCCUAACUCCUGUCGUCCUGUGCUGGACCCGAUUUGUGCCUUAUGAAUGCAAUAGGAGACUGGUUUAUCGUUUUAAUACCUGCCUGGAUGUCUGAAGAUGUGGCAGGUGCCAGACCUCUGGGGAAUUGAGAGCCAUAUUGGGAACGGUAUCCAAUUCCCCCACUCUGACAGAUAUUUCAUUCUCUCAUCAGUAUUUUUCAUGUCAAUACGCCUGGCUGUUUUCUAAAGUUCCCUGUAGUCUUUUUUUAAAAAUGUUGGUCAUACUGUGUUGUCAUUUUACCUUUUCAGUACCUUUUUAAAAAAAAAAAAAACACAAAAAUUUAUAUACUAUACCUGUAAGCACUUUUUCCGUGUUUCACCCCACAUGUCCCAAUAUUAGUGUGAACCUUUCCAGCUGUAAUGGCAAAGCAGGAGAAGAGGGUAGGAAUUAUGUGCCCAUCCCCCACCCCCAAAUGUAUGCUUUCUUGCAAGUUCUGGUGCUGCCUAGCGUCUGGGUCCAACAAGGGAAGAGGAUUGUCAAGCAGAGCAGCCAAGAUGCCUUUCAGGUUUAAAUGUCAGCUUGGAGAGCGGGCUAUUGCGUCGCUUGCAAGACUAUGCAACUUCACAGCCCCCCCACCCCACCUCUGGCCAGUUACAGACCUGCAAUGAAUGAGUCAGUAAAACAGAACAUUUACUGUGACUGAAGUCGACGCGUUGAAGCGUUUGUUUUGAGUAAGUGUGCCUUGUGAAAACUCUGGCAGAGUGUGACUGUUUCAUCAGGUGUUUUAAGUAUCUGAUAUCUGAUCUUAAAAUAAGCACCUUUUCAUAGCUUCUGGUAAUAAAUCUUUAAGAAAAAACAAA